AUGUCUUCGAAUAAAAAAACUAGUGUCGUGUGGGACCAUUUUACGGACAUAGGUGGUUCCCGAGGAGUUUGCAACAUAUGUAAAGUGCAAAUGUCGUAUAAAUCAUCCGUUUCAAAUUUAAAAAAACAUUUACAACGGAAACAUCCCACGAUAUGUGUCGUGAGCCGUACCGAUGCUGUGGCAGGCGAUUCUAGUGCGGUAAAUGAUGUGUGUAUAGCUUCUGUCGCUUCUGGUGGUGGUAAUACUAAUGUUGCAGAAGCUAUUAAUGCGGGCACUAACACAAUUCCUAAUCCUGUUGCAAAUGAUAAAGUAAUGCAACUUUUCACCUUGGACUUUCAACCAUUUCGAAUCGUAGAAGACCGCGGCUUUCGUGAACUCAUGCAAUUGGCUUUUCCCAAUUAUAUUAUACCCACUCGCAAAUACUUUGCUAAUAACUUAUUACCAUCACUCUAUGAAAAGAAAAAGAGUGAGCUGAGAAUUAGCUUAGAGAAUGAUGUUAAAUCUAUUUGCAUAACCGUCGAUAUUUGGUCAACAAUGACAAAUGACUCAAUGAUGGCCAUCACAGGCCACUAUAUUAGUGAAACAACAAGUGAGUUGAAGUACUGUUUACUUGAUUGCAUUCCUCUGGAAGAAAGUCACUCAGCUAAAAAUUUGGCUAGACUUAUUAAGGAAAUAUGUGACGAGUGGAAUUUAUCUAAUAAAGUUUUAUUAGCAGUGACAGAUAAUGGCAGUAAUAUCAAAAAUGCCAUUGAGAAAGAACUUGCAUGGAAGCAUUUCCCUUGUUACAGCCAUACUUUGAAUCUCAUAGUCAAUGAUGCUCUAAAAUCAGAAGACAUAACGUUAAUAAUAAAUAAAGUUAAAAUCAUAGUUAAACAAUUUAAACAAAGUAAUUUAGCAUGGCAGAAAUUAAAAAAAUAUCAGGAGCAGGCAGGAAACACACCAAAGCGUCUAAUUCAAGAGGUGGCAACACGUUGGAAUUCCAAAUACUAUAUGCUUCAACGCUGUGUAGAGCUACGAGAGCCACUCAAUAGUGCUAUGAUAAACUUAAGCAUGGACAUAUUAACGUCAUAUGAGUGGCAAGUCUGCACGGAGCUCUGCAAAAUUCUGCAGCCAUGUGAGGAAGUCACAAAAGAAUUGAGCGGAGAAAAAUAUUUAACCGGGAGUCUAGUAAUCCCCAUAACAACUGGUCUCACAAAAGUUCUUCAAAACUACGAAAAUGAAAACUUAAUGCCAAUAGUUGACAGAGUGAGGCAAGAUUUAUUAGGAGGAAUAGGGAACAGGUUCAAUAACUUAACUCAAAGCCGAACAUUUACCAACUGCAUGUUCCUAGAUCCUAGGUUUAAAUUUUAUUUUAACGACCAGGCAACAGCAUUGGAAACUAAACGGCGUAUUACUGCUUUUGUAAUACAAGAGCAGAGUAGACAAAAUAAUGCCACAAUAGAAAUGAGCAACCCUCAGGCAAGUACAAGCACCAGCACCAAACUUAUAAGGCAGGAUUACCGGGAGAAAAUGCGCAAUAUCCAGCCUGAAGGUACAGCACACUCUCGGGCUAUCGUGGAGAUUCAGCGAUAUUUGGAUGCUCCAAUAAUAGAUAGGUCAGAAUGUCCUCUAAAAUGGUGGAAGAUACAUAGGGAAUCGUACCCAAAUCUGUAUAAAGUUGCUGUACAAAAAUUAAAUGCCAUGGCAUCUUCUGUUCCCUGUGAGAGAGUGUUUUCAGCGGCAGGGAAUAUGCUAAAUGAAAGGCGGACAAGGCUAGGCAUAAGAAAAUUACAACAGCUGGUAUUUUUAAACCAAAAUAUU